AUGUGCCCAGGUCCAACACCCAGCACGAGGCGUGCAAGGACAACAUUCCCCUUGGCUCCUUUAGAAACGACCAGGACGAUUUUGGGGACACAGAGCAUCUGCUGCCGGGAGCCGCCGGCUGCGUCAGGAAUUCGGGAUGAGACAGGAGCGAAGGGGGUGGCUGUGGUGGUGGCAGCUGUUCCCUGCCACAGCCCUCCCGGCCACGCAGGGCAUUUAAAUUUUAAAGCACACUCCACACGGCUGUUUUCUCCACCAUCCCUGUCCAGCUCACAGAGACCCUGUCCCGGGAGGCUCCGUCCCACAAAGGCACCCAUGGGUUCACUGGUGGCCAAGCUCCUUCUGCCCACCCUCAGCACCUUGGUCUUCCUCCCCACCAUCAGCAUCGCGGCCAAGCGGCGCUUCCACAUGGAAGCCAUGGUUUAUUUCUUCACCAUGUUCUUCGUGGCGUUUUACCACGUUUGUGAUGGCCCCGGCUUAUCAGUGCUGUGCUUCAUGCGCUACGACAUCCUGGAGUACUUCAGCAUCUACGGGACAGCUCUGUCCAUCUGGGUGUCCCUGAUGGCCCUGGCAGAGUUUGACGAGCCAAAGCGAUCAACCUUCAUCAUGUUCGGCGUCCUCACCAUCGCCGUGAGGAUCUACCACGACCGCUGGGGCUACGGCGUCUACUCGGGGCCCAUCGGGACAGCGGUGCUGGUGAUCACUGUGAAAUGGCUACAGAAGAUGAAAGAGAAGAAAGGGCUCUAUCCAGACAAGAGCGUCUACACCCAGCAGAUCGGUCCUGGCUUCUGUUUUGGGGCAUUAGCGCUGAUGCUGAGGUUCUUCUUUGAGGAGUGGGAUUACACCUAUGUGCACAGCUUCUACCACUGUGCCUUGGCCAUGGCCUUCGUGCUGCUGCUGCCCAAGGAGAACAAGAAGGCUGGGAGCGCCGGGACCCCCGCCAGGCUCGACUGCUCCACGCUCUGCUGCUGUGUCUGAGCCCCCCAAGCAAGUCAGGCAUUCGUGUUUCUGCUCCUGGGGCAAUGGAGCUGUUCAGCCAAAAGGAAAAUGCCUGCCUGCUGCAUCUUCCUCUGGCACACUGGCGUCUUUUCCCACCAGCUCUGUGCCCACCCCGGGAUUUUCUUCCCUGAGAAACAUGGUCUAGUGGAAAGCGUCCCUGCCCGUGGCAGGAGGGUUGAAGUGAGAUGGACUUUUAAGGUCCCUUCUAACUCAAACCAUUCUGUGAUUCACCUUUCCACUAUCAGCCCUAGCAGAGGUUGCACUUCCAGUUUGGUACACAUCCAUACUUCUCCCUGGAGGAGCACUCAUCUGGGCUGCACCUGUGACCUGUCCCCUGUCCCAGGAGACCCCUGCACUCCUGGGCUAUGUCACCUCCUGGGCUGUCCCUUGCACUGACCUGGGAGGACCCAAGUUGUCCCCCCUGUGCAGGUUUUCCCAGCCUGAGCAAGCAAAGCUUCAUUUGCAACACCCAAUUAACAGAACCUGUAUUUUUGUGAGAUAUUGACUAUUCUAUUUAUGCAUUCUCUUGAUGUAAAUAAUAUAUACUAACACAGACUUUGCAAGUGUGCA